UGUGUUCAAACCUGUGGCAGACAGACGCUCGCGGAUGCCUCACAGCCCCAGUCACCAUGGGCCGGAUCGCAGCCGCAGAAGCCGCCGAUCGGUGACCGCAGCCGCGCGUCCCUUCUCAGCCCGCCCGCAGGUACGCGGGGCUUCCUCGUCGGCGCGCCGCAUUCCAGCGACAGACGGUUCGCGAUCCGCCGCCGAGUGAGUGAAACACUCUCUGUUUACAGUUUGUUGUUUUUGGCUGCCUGGCGUCGGGAGGCUCCCCCCGGAGACGAAGCAACGCACGGAUACGGUUCCAGGGUUCGCGACGCGGGGCACAGACCCGCGGUCGUCCCCUGUUUAACAGCCUCGCCGCCAUCCACUCCGCUGUUUUUACGCACAGGGAGCGCUUGGAUUUACUGCAGCCGAGGCAACUGUGCCCACAGCGGAGCGGGAACCCCGCGGGGAUGACGGACCCCAGCGGCGCAUUCGCGGGUGGAAAUCAGCUUCGCGCGCGUCAGGGAGAUGAGGUCCCCAGCGGGUCGGGAGACUAACUCCGGAGCGUUUGUUAGGCCGCGUCACUUGGCGCUCAUUUAACCACAGCGAACCGGGGCGACCGUAACCAGCUAGAUCGCGAGUUGUUUGAGAAGGGCAGGCCAGCCAUGUCCAGAACGCUAAAGAAGAAGAAACACUGGUCCAGUAAAGUGGUGGAGUGCGCCGUGUCGUGGGGGAACCUGGGGGACUUUGGCUCCGUGGUGGAGGUUCUGGGAGGAGCAGAGCUGGGACAGUUCCCCUACCUGGGCCAGAUGAAGCUGGACGUGCUGGUGUGUCACGUCGGGAAGCUGCCCUACUACGGCGACGUUCUGCUGGAGGUGAACGGGACGCCCGUCAGUGGACUUACAAACCGUGACACCCUGGCUGUCAUACGCCACUUUCGGGAGCCGAUUCGCUUGAAGACGGUCAAACCAGGUAAAGUAUUGAACACGGACCUGCGCCACUACCUCAGUCUGCAGUUUCAGAAGGGCUCACUGGACCACAAGCUCCAACAAAUCAUACGGGACAACCUCUACCUGCGCACCAUCCCCUGCACCACACGGCUUCCUCGAGAGGGGGAGGUGCCAGGCGUGGACUACAACUUCAUCAGUGUUGGGGACUUCAGGAUCCUGGAGGAGAGCGGCCUUCUGCUGGAGAGUGGGACCUAUGAUGGUAACUACUAUGGGACCCCGAAACCUCCGGCGGAACCCAACCUGGUGCAGCCCGACCUGGUGGAUCAGGUGCUGUUUGAUGAAGACUACGGUGGCGAGGUUCCCAGGAAACGCACCACCUCAGUCAGUAAGAUGGACAGGAAGGACAGCGCAGUCCCAGAGGAGGAAGAUGAUGAUGAGAGGCCACCGCUGGUCAAUGGAUUGCCUGAGCACAAAGAGAGGGCAGACUGGAGGAAAGCGGUGCCCAGCUAUACCCAGUCCAGUAGCUCCAUGGACUUCCGCACAUGGAGCUCUCUUCCUCGCGAUGACAGCCUGGAGCCCCUGCCCCUUAACUGGGAGAUGGCUUACACGGAGACCGGCAUGGUCUACUUCAUAGAUCACAAUACCAAGACGACUACAUGGUUGGACCCCCGCCUUGCAAAGAAGGCGAAGCCCCCUGAGAAGUGUGAGGAUGGAGAGUUACCUUACGGCUGGGAGGAAAUUGAUGAUCCACAGUACGGCACAUACUAUGUCGACCACAUCAACCAGAAAACCCAGUUUGAGAACCCAGUCCUGGAGGCAAAGAAGAAGCUGAGCCAGGAGACGGCUGCGAUCCAACAAGCCGCGGCGGCACCUUCCCAAGGUAAGGGAGGUGCGUCUGGCUUCACUGCGGACCCCAGCCAGCUGAAGGGGGAAAUGUACCACACAGCGCUGAAGAAGAGCUCCCAGGGAUUUGGAUUCACCAUCAUCGGAGGUGACCGCACAGAUGAGUUUCUGCAGGUGAAAAACGUACUCAGCGACGGCCCUGCUGCCCAUGACAACAAGAUGGCGUCCGGUGAUGUGAUUGUUGAGAUUAACGGGAUGUGUGUGCUGGGGAAGACCCAUCCAGAGGUGGUGCAGAUGUUCCAGUCCAUUCCCAUCAACCAGUACGUGGACAUGGUUCUUUGCCGUGGCUACCCACUUCCCCCCGAUGUGGAUCUAGACAGCGACGACCCUCUCCCACCUCCUCCUCCUCCAAUGGCUGCCCAGCCCCAGCAGGCCCUGCAUGGUGGAGAGGUGGUGACAGCUGUGCCCCUCAUCAAUGGGCAGCCGUUGCUCGUGAAAGGUGACGUCCUCCAUGGCUCCUCUCAGGAGCUCCACUACGUCACUACGGAUGCCAGCGGCCGGCCCGUCGUGGCAGCCAUGCCCAACGGGAGGCAGGGGGAGCGAGGAGAGGUGAACCCGGGGAUGCUUCAGCCGGAGCUGGUGAGCGUGCCACUGGUGAAGGGGCCGGGAGGAUUCGGGUUUGCUAUCGCCGACUGCCCGCUGGGCCAGAAGGUGAAGAUGAUCCUGGAUGCCCAGUGGUGCCGUGGCCUGCAGAAAGGAGAUGUCAUUAAGGAGAUCAACAGGCAAAAUGUCCAAACUCUGAGCCAUGCUCAAGUGGUGGACAUCCUUAAAGACUUACCAGUGGGCAGUGAAGUCAGUGUGCUAGUGCUGCGAGGAGGUCAAACAUCCCCUGUGAAGAGUCUAAAGCCUAGACAGGAAAUGACGGCCAGUACAGAGACUUUGGAUGGUAUUGCUGACUCAGCUCCCCAGGCGUUGCCUUACCACUCCAACACAAGCACCCUGCGCUCUGCCGACUCCCCCAAACGAGAUGCCACAGAGAUGUACCUGAAGUCCAAAGCCCUACUGGAGAGCAGACAGCCUCACACCAAAGACAUAGAUGUUUUCCUAAAGAGAGACAUUGAAACAGGCUUUGGCUUCCGUGUCCUGGGAGGAGAAGGUCCACAACAGCCAAAUGUCUUUCCCCAGGUGUACAUCGGGGCCAUUGUGCCUAGUGGAGCUGCAGAGAAGGAUGGUCGUCUGAGAGCUGGAGACGAGCUCAUUGGCAUCGAUGGUGUGAUGGUUAAAGGUCGUUCGCACAAGCAGGUGUUGGAUCUGAUGACCAACGCUGCCCGUAACGGUCAAGUAAUGUUGACUGUGCGCAGAAAGGUCAUCUACAGAGAUGCCACAGAGGAAGAGGCUCAGGAAAUGGCUCCAGUGCUGGUGAACGGUUCUCCCAAGCUACCUCGCCUACCAAUGCCCAGCGCUCUGGACCACGAGUCUUUUGACAUCACUCUCCACCGCAAGGACAGUGAGGGCUUUGGCUUCGUCAUCCUCACGUCCAAGAGCAAACCCCCGCAUGGAGUUAUCCCACACAAAAUUGGCCGAAUCAUUGAAGGCAGUCCCACCGACCGCUGUGGCCUGCUGCAUGUUGGAGAUCGUAUCUCAGCGGUCAACGGGCGCUCCAUCAUUGAGCUCUCUCACAAUGACAUUGUUCAGCUUAUCAAGGAUGCCGGCAACGUUGUCACCCUCACUGUAGUUCCUGAGGAUGAAUACAAGGGCCCUCCAUCUGGAGCAAGUUCAGCUAAACAGAGUCCGGCUCUUCAGCACAGAGCCAUGGGGCAAAGGUCAGCACUUCAGGACGAACGUUAUAACCUUGACCUGGAGGAGAAAAGGGAGGGAGUCAACUGGUCCGACCACAAAACUCUUCCUCUUAGUGAGCAGGGAACGCUGUGUGUGACAGGACCCAACCAGGGUUGUCUGACAGUGGAGUUAGAGAGGGGUCCCAGGGGCUUUGGCUUCAGUCUGCGAGGGGGGACAGAGUACAACAUGGGCCUGUACAUCCUGAGACUCGCGGAGGAUGGACCUGCUCAGCUGGAUGGAAGGAUCCAUGUUGGAGAUGAGAUAGUGGAAAUUAACGGGGAGCCAGCACGUGGCAUUUCCCAUACACGGGCUAUUGAACUGAUCCAGGCUGGAGGAAACAAAGUGGUACUGCUGCUGCGACCUGGGGCAGGCCUGGCCCAAGAUGGCAGUCAACAUGAUCCAAAACUCAUUUCACCCACAAGCUCCUCCAGAGAGGUGUUUUCCUCUGACACAUCAACCCUGUCCUCCCAAUAUCCCGCUGACGCUUCCAUAUUUGUUUCCUCUAAGUUCUCCAGCAAACUGAAACAUUCCCUCAGCUGGAGCCCCAUAUCCCUACAAGGCCUCAAGCCCCGCAGCAGGAGGGGUUUAGACUCAGUGAAGGAGAGUGGUGAGUGGGCAGACAAGGAGGCAGAAAGGCUUUCUCCCACCUCCCCUGAGCAUAUGCCCUUCUACAAGAGGACCAGGCCCUCAAAAGACUCCAGAGAGCUAAGCAGCCCAAAGAAAUCCGGGGAGACAUUUCCUAAAGCCAAAGAGCAACAUCACAGUCCCAGAAAGACUGAGAGUCAGGCACCGAAAGCAACGCUGAGCAGGAACAGGAUCUCUCAGACACACACAAAAACACCAUCCACAAGCCCUAAGAAGUCUCCUCAAGCUGGACAGCAAGUGGCCUCAACCCUGCAGUGUGCAGAGCAUCAACAAGGCCCUCAGAGGAGAUUAAAGGACGCCUCCAGCAGAGAGAGCUUGAGUCCUGAAAAGGAAAAUGGCAAAGGGCGGAAUCUUGAGAUCAGAAGACACACACAAGGAAGAGAGAUAGAAGGGAGAGGGGAAAGGAUCAGGCCUGGCCAUGACCACGAAAGUUUUAAAAGGAGAGUGGCGGGAGAAUCUCAUCACCACAGGACAUCUCCACGUACAGUCAGAGAGCGCGAGAAAGGUACAGGGAAAGACUAAGGGCAGAGAGAUGCUAAUGGCAAGAGCAAACCUUCAGAAGACAGGAAUAGAAGUAAAGAGACUAACAGCAAAAGAGAAUCAUUGUUGGCUUUUAAAGAUACGUGGAGUAGAAAAGGUUCCGUAGUCUCGCCAAAAGAGGCGAAAGGAAGACAAGACAGAUUUCCUCACUCCAAAGAAGACAGUAGUAAGGGAGACUUGGUGGCCACUCUAAACAGUAUUCCAGGGACCCCACAGAGCCCAGAGGGAUGUAUUAGCCCUGGCCCUUGGAAAGUGCCCAGCUCAGGCAAAAUCCUCUCCCAGGCAGAGGUUCUCCGUGGCCCUUUGUGAUGGAAUAUUGAAUCACCCAGGCUUGAGCUGUGCCGUGGAGUAUUUAACAGUACCUUCAGUGGAAUGUUUUUCUGAGUUCUUCCAUAAAAUAGAGAAGUGCAACAUGGUGCCACUUUUAUUACCGUUUUGAUCAUUUGCAGAUUUGUCUUUUGACAAGGUCUUUCUUGGGAGUUCUGUGACAACACGAGUGGCAUGUAGCAGCUCCCCUCUGCCUUGUCCGCUGCUUCAGCAUCUUUGAUGUGGGACUUUCAGCAUGUGCGGCAUGCUCGGGGCCUUGUCAGACGAGACAUUUUGAAAUGUGAAUAUGUGCCAAUCCUGGGAGCCUCCUGUGGAACAACGACGACCGACAUCGCUUCACCCAUUACAAUGCAAUGACCCAUAUGCAAAGAAAGGAGAGAGGCCCCCGCCUCUCGCCUGUAGUAUACACCAAGUGUGACUGUCAUCCGGGGUUUAAUUUUGCUCUCGGUCUCAUUGUGGGAUAUUUUGACUGUCUUUUUCUUAAAAGGUUGCUCAACUGCAUGCAGUCCGUCCUUCUGUUUGUUUUACUGCACGUGUUCUGCACAUCACUGAGAAUGAUCCUUUUUUUUCUUGUUUCUAAUUCUCAUUCUGAACCCCAGGCAGAUUUCAAAUACAACCCAGCAAGCGCUCACGUUACCGGGGACUCUAUACUGUUCUAUGGUUAUAGACAUGACUCUCCUCCAUACAAACAGCAUCAUCAAAAAGACCAGAAACUUGUGGUUUGAGAUCUUGUUUACCAUGUGUAUGAUAACCAACCAGUGUGUAAUUUAUUGAGAUAAUAGAUGAAUAUAUGUAUAUGUAGCUGUACCCAGCCAUUCCACAUUUUGAUAUAGACUUCAAAGACUUGUCCCAUGUUAUUUGAGCUUUCACCUUAUUUCCAGUGUAGUUCAGUGGUAGGAAUUACCAUGGAUCUUUGUAGUUCAUGAAAUGUAUAGGUAAUGUGCAAACCGCUGUACCAGAUGUUUGCAAUCGCUCAAAACGUGUCUCAUUGUGAAAUAUAAUAUAUAUAUUUGAAUGUGUCAUGUUUUGCAGAUUUUAAACUUUAAACUAGCUAUCGAAUUUCAUUGCACUGCAUCUGCCCUUGUAGCAUAACAGUAACAGAAUGACCAUGAGUUGUAUUUAAUUUUUGAUGUUGACCUGCCACCAAUAC